UCAGUGUCUACUACGAAUAUUGACUACUGCUAGGUGGCACAUUGAGUCUGAGGAUGCCUCAUUAACAGCAAUAUGUUGGACUUGGAUGCAGCAAGGAAACAGACAACAGACAGACUAUGUGAGGAGGUGUGAUUCUUUUAACAAUGGACUAAAACAAGAACACUGUUUGUGGACAGAAACAGUGGACCUCCACCAUCCUGCCAUGGAGGGGUCAACUGCAAGAAAAAAACCAGGAUAUGGACAACACAAAAAAGAGAGUUCUGUUGGUCGCCAGAGGCUGUCCCGUCAGUCUACAGCAGACUGCAGCGGUGACGAGGUCCUUCAGCCCAGGAAACUGAACGGUUCCUCAGUGGAGACACCGAGCUACCAGAACCUGCACCGGGAACUGCUGCUCAGCCAUAAACGGGGCCUGCUGUUGGAGGAGAAACCGGAGCUGAAGCGAGUGUUGGAGCAGCGCAGACUGGAGCUGCACAAGGAGGAGGAGAUGGCACGACAGCAGCCCUCAGAUCUAGAGACGGAGCUCCGCAAGAGGCAGCAGAAGCUGCAAGAGUAUGAGCAGGAGGAGAUCAGGCGGCUGGAGAACCAGCAGAAGAUCCCAGAGUUUGUCCGUGUGAAGGACAACCUGAGACGGACACAGACGUCUGAGCAGUGAGGCCCCGAGGCUCCCUUCAGCCCCUGCAGCAUCUCACCAUAGUGGCCCUAUCUUCAUGUUCCCUGUCUGCUGAGUUACAUAUGGAAAAAAACAAACAUCACAGAGGCACCAGCUCACUACACAUCUCUUAGUGAAUUUUAAAUUACAUUUUGGAAUAUCAGAAUUUGAAAGGAAUCAUGCAUACACAUUUAGAAAUGUCUUCUUAAAUCUUUAUAACAAUUCUGUUUGUGAUGAGGGAGUGGAAGUACUCAUUUUUCAUUCAUAAUUAUGGGGAUCAACAUUUGUUGAAGAAAAGAAGAUGGAUAUUUUUUAUGUUUUUUAUGGUCAUUACUAUUUAUUUGUUCAACUUCUCUGCCACACCAGUCUAAUUCUUUACUUACAAUAAGACCACUAGCUACUAUGUUAAUAAGUGAUUAUUAACAGAGACAUCUCAACAGACCUGGUUUGUAUUAAUAGAAAUCCCCCACAAAUGCAUGUUUGUGUAUCUGUUUCUGUCAUGACUUUUGAUUUUUAGUGUGUCUGUGUGCUAUGGAAAUAAAGGUUUUAUGGUUUGCAGA